AUGCACCUUCCGCGCUCUGUUUUUUCAGAACGACAGAUUGAUAUUUUGCUCUGGCUACUUCAGGUCAACAAUGUGGACAAUGUGCCUUCGGUGAAGUCUGUCAAACUCAUCAAAGACACUAUUCAACAACUAUGUGGUAUCCGCUCAAUCCCUUAUGAUGGCGCUCUUGGACAUAAGUACUAUGUUAACUCGCUGCCUGACAUUAUUCAGCAGGAAAUGAUGAAUCCUCGAGUUCGCCCACUGUUACACUUCUACCCUGAAGAUACUGGCGAACUCGACCCAGAGCUGCUUACACCUGUCGUCAGACUGCACAACCAAGACUUCUUUGUUUUCGAGCCUGCAUUGUUAUCGAUCACUCGUGAACUGGAUUGUGGUUGGGUUGUAGAAGAUUUUCAUUCAUUUGAAGUAUCAGGAAAACGAUCUUCUUCAAAGCAACAUCUGGUCUACCGCGUGCAUACUCAAUCUAUGGUAACCGAUGGCGUGUUUGGGCAUCACGGUGCUCGCGUAUUUGUGAUGCCUCUCUGGUUAUACUGCGACGACACAUCUGGAAACUUGUUGAAGAAGUGGAACAAACAUAAUUCAUUUCUUUUUACAGCUGCGGGAUUGCCACGAGCAGACAUUCACCAAGAGUACAACGUCCAUUUUCUUUGUACAUCGAAUCUUGCCCCUCCACUUGAAAUGUUGGAUGGCAUUGUAGACCAACUUGAAGAAUCAUGGAAGCAAGGCAUCUGGGCCUGGGACUGCGUCCACGAGGAGUAUGUUCAUGUCAUUCCGUCAGUCUUGGCCUUGCUUGUGGACAACCCCAUGCAAAGUGAGAUGGCCUGUCAUAUUGGGUUGAUGGGGAAAUAUUUUUGCUGUAUUUCUGCUGCACAGCCUGAAGAUACUGACCACAGUGUUGGUGAGGCUAGUGGAAGUGAAUCUGAUGCCCAUGCUGAUGCUCCUCCAAAAUCUACACGGAAACGAGCAAAGGAGACCAUGGAGGAGAUGGUAAUAUGGGUUAAGUGCAUGGUAGAUAGGAGAACCGCGAAGACUUCUACGGGCAUCAAGGACACCUUUCUAGACUCAUUCUUGAAUCGCCUAGCUGAAUCACACUGCAAAAUUCGGGGUGGUAACAGGGCGAAGCAGGCAGCGCUCAAUAGAGUCAAAGAGACGCUGCCUAAAAUUGUCACAAGUAUCGAUCCUCACACUGACGCACCUGUGGAAAUCCUCCACACAGUCCUUCUCGGAUUCAUCAAAUACCUUUGGUGUGAUGUUGUCUCUGUAAGGAUUGGAAAAGACAAAUUGAAGUGUGAACUUUUAGAAACUAGCCUCUCAUCUGUUGACGUCUCGGGUCUUGGACUCAGCCAUCUUGCUGGUCACACCCUUGUUCAAUAUGCAGGGUCUCUUGUUGGUCGUGACUUUUGCGCCAUUGCGCAAGUUGCACUCUUCAUGCUUCAUGACUUGGUACCCAUGGAAUGCUAUGAUACUUGGGUUGCGUUAUCGAACAUGAUACCACUCAUCUGGCAGCCCAAAAUUGAAAACUCCAUGGAACAUUUGUGUAAUCUCAUGACAUCGAUCAAUAACUUCCUCGCGUGCACUGCCAGAUGGACUCCUUGA